UUGUAAUCAGUUGUGUAUAGUAAUCCGAGCACUCGUCCGCUCCCGGUAGCCGGAUCGUUAGCACAGAUUUGCCGCUUUGUUGUCGUCCUCCAAUUCGUUGACGAAAAGUUGCUCCGACUUAUAGGUUGAAGUUGGGCGCGUGUCGGUGGCUGACAGCUCGCUUGUGCGCCAGCGCGCCCGAGUCGGCUGCACGCGGCUCAUCUUUCUCCGGCUCGUGCAGGACUUUUUUGAACGUUUGAAGCAUAGCGUGUGACUGGUCCCCCUCUCGCGCCGGCCCGCCGUUACCGCGGGGCUCCGUGUAAAUGGCCCGUCUGAAUUUUAAAAAGACCUCUUAAAGACCAACUCACCCAUUUUGUUACCGGCGGCACAAACUAGUGUUACGCGUCUAGUCUGCCAGCAAAACUUAGCGCGGCGUAUUAUUGGCUUAACAGAGAGAGUGUUUGUAAAUUGCAGCGUGUGCUGUCCUAUGGUGUCGUGCCGUGGGUUUUUUUUUAUCCUGCUUGACAUCGGUUUUUUAUGUUUGUAAUUCAAGCUCAGUGAGAAAAAAGUCGCUGGCGGUCUAAUUGUUUGCAAAUCGGUCAUUGCUACGGUCUGUUCUAGUUUCAGGCGAAUUAACAGUAUUUACAAACAUAUAUUUAGCUUUUAGAGUUAAUAACUGUAGUAAGGUGAAGAGUUGGUAUUGUUUCCGUUAGCUUAAUUGAACGACGCUGCCCAAACCGUGAACACCGUACACAUUGCGAUGUUUUGAUAUACUUAAUUUAAAUUUGGCAUGCGAUUCGCAUUUAAAAUCGGAAUCCUCUUAUUAAUGUCGUAAUUAUCAGGCACGGACGUUUAGCUGAAACUCCCAGGAUCUGGUUGUCGGGGACGCGGGCUGUGUGCCCAGUGGGAGCCGGAGAAUUAGCUACGAUCAGCAGAUACAUGCUGCUCUUUUCCUGCAAUAAACAAGGGGUCUGUGUACAAUUCGCUUUUAACUAAAGGCAUUGCUAACACAGUGCGAUACAAGAAUACAUCUUUAUGGAAAUAACAGCUGAAAGUCCCGUAGAUGAGUACCUACAGGUCUGAGAACCGGGACGCUGGCUUGUUUCGCAGAGGAGCCCAGAAGCUGAGACCACCUCUCCUACAGGACACAGAGUAGCCACCUUUUUAGCUGAGGCAGAAAGCAAGAGCCAAACACUGUGAAAGAACCCUACAGAAACUCUACACCAUAUUUCAUUUCGGACUAAAAGCCCCAUUGGUGCAUUUGCUGCAAUUUUCUGUUUUCAUCAGGAAUACUAUUGGUGACAUACCUACAAAGCAAGAAGGAUAAGACUAAACAUCUUAUGUGAAUUUGAGGGCCAUUAAGUGCAAGAUUAUAAACAGAGAACAUCUAAGAGUUCGCGAGUAGGCCCAGUGGGAGGAAAAAACACAAGAAAAAACAGACUUUUGAACUGAAACACCACAAAACUCUGGAAGACUUUGGUCUGUUGAAAUUGCCUUAGCUGUUCUUACCCAGAACUUGUAUUUCAUGAUACACGUUUACAUAUAAUUUUCUAUACUGUGUGCGUGUAUGUAACUUAUUUAUUCUCAUAAAUGCUUACUUCUCUUCAUAUGGAAGAGUAUUUGUGUAUAUAAACUUUUGUACGGCAGAUGCUCUUUAUUUUGAAGAGUUAAUGUGUGUAUAUAGAAUUAUAUAAGUACAAAAAUAAGUUAUAAAAUCUCAAAAGAACAGUUGUCAGUCUUGCAUCUUUAAACUGUUAAGUGAUAAGUGAAGGAGCAUUUUGAAGACGAGCUUGUGAUUUGAACAAAUCCGGAGCUUUCUUGGCAAUGGCAACUGCAAGAACAGAAAAUCCAGCCACUGUGGUCAUGGGAUUGAACAAGCAAAACGGGCAGAUGAGGGGGCAGCCCAAACCUGCCCCUGUUUCUUCAGGACCCCUAGCUGUUGGCUCUCAGCCAGGGAAGACCUCCAGUGCACCUCAGAAAGGAGCUAGUGUCCCGCAGUCUGGCAGUGGCAUCAAGUUUGGUGAUGAUUGGAAGAAGUGCCUGCAGCUUCCCCCGAAAGACCUGCGUGUUAAAACAUCUGAUGUGACAGCAACAAAGGGAAAUGAGUUUGAGGAUUACUGUCUGAAGCGGGAGCUACUGAUGGGCAUCUUUGAGAUGGGAUGGGAGAAGCCUUCCCCCAUUCAGGAGGAGAGCAUUCCCAUUGCUUUGUCUGGCAGAGACAUACUGGCCCGGGCCAAAAAUGGCACGGGCAAGAGUGGCGCCUACCUCAUUCCUCUCCUAGAGAGGGUUGACCUAAAGAAAGACUACAUACAGGCUCUGGUGAUGGUGCCCACCCGAGAGCUGGCCCUGCAAGUCAGCCAGAUCAGCAUCCAGAUUAGCAAGCACCUGGGAGGGGUCAAAAUCAUGGCCACCACAGGGGGCACCAACCUUAGGGAUGAUAUCAUGAGGCUCGAUGAAACCGUUCAUGUGGUGAUAGCCACCCCAGGUAGGAUCCUGGACCUGAUCAAGAAGGGGGUGGCCAAAGUGGACAGAGUCCAGAUGAUGGUGAUGGAUGAGGCGGACAAAUUGCUGUCGCAAGAUUUUGUGGUACUAAUCGAGGACAUCAUUGGCUUCUUGUCCAAGAACCGGCAGAUCCUGCUGUACUCUGCGACCUUUCCCAUCAGUGUCCAGAAAUUCAUGGCAAAGCACCUGCAGAAACCCUAUGAGAUUAACCUGAUGGAUGAGCUGACUCUGAAGGGCAUCACCCAGUACUAUGCGUAUGUGACUGAGAGGCAGAAAGUGCACUGUCUCAACACACUCUUCUCCAGGCUGCAAAUAAACCAGUCCAUCAUUUUCUGCAACUCCACUCAAAGAGUGGAGCUGCUGGCCAAGAAGAUCACCCAGCUGGGUUACUCCUGCUUCUACAUCCAUGCCAAGAUGAUGCAGGAGUACAGGAACCGUGUGUUCCAUGACUUCAGAAAUGGGCUGUGCAGGAACCUGGUCUGCACAGAUCUUUUCACCAGAGGAAUUGACAUCCAGGCUGUGAAUGUUGUCAUCAAUUUUGACUUCCCAAAAAAUGCUGAAACUUACCUUCAUCGUAUUGGCAGAUCAGGGAGAUUUGGUCACCUGGGCCUCGCCAUCAACCUGAUUACAUCCGAGGACCGCUUCAACCUGAAAAGUAUCGAGGACCAGCUAGUGACUGACAUCAAGCCCAUUCCCAGCAGCAUCGACAAAAGCCUCUACGUGGCUGAGUUCCACUCUGCCAACCCAGACCGCGAGGGAGAGGAAGGGGCUGGCGAGGCUGGCAACAAACCCUGAGAGCUGCAUGGCCCCACCGGGGAAUAGGACAUACCUGGCUUUUGCACAAAAUCUGCUUCUGCACAAAGACAUCAGACUUUUUUUCUUUUUUUUGUCCCACCACCCCCAACUGGUCAAAGCUUUCCUUUCAUUCUGAUCAAAUUGCCAGCAGAAUUGUCUGUUGUGCUAUUUUGUGUCCAAACUAAAAAAUCCCUCCAAGUGAACAUCAUUCCCUUCCAGCCAAGUUAACUUCCUGGAGAGAGUCUCUCUGCGGUCACAUUGUUUUGCUGUGCCAUCAGCACAUAUUGGAAUUUACUAUUGCAAUACAUAACCAAAGCUGCGUGGGCUGUAUGUGCGAUUGCUGUGCUUUAAGAAGUGAAAUAAACCGACCCGCCCUAA